GUUGAAGACAUUGUUAAACAUUGACUGGUCAUGUCGCUUCGAAUUAAAAUAUGUCACUGAUGUGUAAACUUAUAGUUUGUCUUUGGAUGCGAUUUGAAAUCCAAGCAUUCCAGCUACGACCAGCAGUCUAUGAAAGUUAGGCAUUUAUUCUUGAACUAAGACGAUUUAUCACGACAGAAUAAGGAAAUUAUUGAUGUUAGUGAAACCAAUGGAAGUGUUUUAACACUGCGAGAACUAAGAUUCUUCACGGAAUUCAAGUCUAUAGAUCUGACUAGCAGAACCUAGCAGGCUAGGGAGGAUCAUGUUUGCUUCUGGUUAUACUGAUGACUCUACACUGCCUUCAAGCACUUUAGAUAGUGACACAGAUAGCUCAACUCAAUCCUUUUCAUCUUCAAACGAGAGUCUGGACCAAAGCUUGAUUUACUUUAAUCAAUCUUGGCCUUUAUCGAGGGAUAAGACUGCAAGUCUCGAUCAACUCUCUUGUAAAGUUAACAGCUAUUCAUGGUGGAGUGACUUAAAGACAGUUAGCCGAAAUGGCUCAAAUGCCAGCACCCCCCGGACAAGACCAGAUGCCAGCACCCCCCGGACGAGACCGGGUCAAACAGCAGCACGAGGGUGUAGUCCAGAUGCCUCUGCACUGUACAGUAACCCUACCAAACACUAUAACCCAUCAGUAUCUGGACAACAUGCAUGCCAGGAAAUGUCUGACUACCGUGAGUGGGCUAACACCUAUCUUCAGUACUCUCCACACAACACACUCAUUACUGACCUAUCCAGGGACCUGGCUGAUGGAGAAACACUGUUAUACUUAGUACAAGUACUGCUUGGUGUUACCUUGUACCCAGUACACAUCAAACCAGCUCUAGAUGUACAGAAGAUAGAGAACACCCAAAUAUGCCUGGAUGUGCUAGCAAGACACGGCAUUCCAGUAAGCCAUCUUUCAGCAGAAGAUAUCGUGGAGGCGAACCCCAAGGUGACAUUAGUCUUGUGUAAACAUCUUGAACAGCACUUCGGGUCUAAUCCAGGUUCUCCGCAAGGAACAUCGGAUUUGAUGACUGGCAUCAGUAGACGAACACCGUCCCCUAGAACUAAACAAAGAUCAAAGUCACCCACUGUCACUCUACCAGUCGGCGGUCACGAUACACCCUCUCCACCAGCGACAAGUAGUCAUCCAGUGAUGGACAUCGAAGAUGUUGCUCUGCUUGACUGGGUGGGUCAGAUGACUGGACAAAUCGUUGCUGAUUAUAAUAGGUACUAGAAUAUGGUCUUCCAUCGGAGAAGGUUAGCCUUGCGCUAAUGUUUUCAGAAGACGAACUUGGAGUGACUUCUGAUCUCUGCCCUGAUGAUGUUGUGAAACUGAACGAUGCUAGUAAGAUGUCAUCCUUUUUUAAAACACUACACCAAGUCUUUCUAGAGCAAGUACAAGACAAGGAACAUCACUUGAAAAUAAAGAAAAUGAAUAAACUGGACAGGAAUUCCAGGGAAAUAAUGACCCAAGAAAAAGAGGUGAAUAUCGAGUUGGUUCGUAAAGCAGAUAUCGUUCCAAGGAAUUUUAGUGAAGUAGAGACUUUGAAGGAAAGUGGACGUUAUUCAGAUCCGAGUAUCCUUAACCCUUGUAUACGUAAAGGCGAGGAGGGUAGUUCGAUACUCAAUGCAGAUAAAAUGUCUCCUCGUUCUUCAUCAUUGGCCAAAGUUAGGUCAAAACGUCGUGAAAUUUUAAAAGAAAGAAACUGUUCAGGAGAAAACAGGUUUUCUUCAUAUUUACAAGACAGUACUGAUAAGAGACCACGUGAUAAUCGAUUUUCCUAUUACACUGAAGAUACUAGUUAUCGUCUUGAAGACCUAUCCAACAUGGACAACUCCUACAGAAGUUCAUCUUCAACGUCUCUUCACCAUCCCUAUCAUUCUGUUGACGUUUCUUUAAAAAACAGUCGUAAUAAAUCCUCACCUCAUAGAAAAAUAGAUGAUGUGCCUUGUUUUGAUGAAGAUUUGAUGUAUGGCCUGUUACCCAAGGACACAGUUUUCGAUUCUGACGACUGGACAUAUUCUUAUACGAUGCCACACGCGUCAAAAUCAUGGCAAAAAGAGCGGGGAAAUGCUCAACAUCAAGUCAGGGAUUUUAGAAAUGAGUUACAACGCUUGAAAGAGGAAUACUUUAGACUGAUGAAUAUGAAAGCACUAGAAACAUUCAGCCAAGAUUCCUUUACAAAGACAGAGAAACCCUUCCCGCCUAAAGUGUUUGUUUCAGAGGAAGAUAGCGGAAUUUUAAAUAUAGAUAAUGUUGAUUGUAGUUCUGUUGACAAAAAGGCAAAUAAGUGCACAAUUCUAACAGAAAAACUGGUAAAGAGAUCUAGUCAAACCAGUUCAAGUGUGAUGGCUUACAUGAACGUAAAGAAAGGAACCUCGCCGCCAUACAGAACCUGGUCCAAGUAUGAAAACACUGACGGUGACAGAUAUCGUUAUUGCUCCACCAAGAAGACUCUCAAAACUGACAGGAAUACAACACGAAACGACGCCAUUACCACUAAGGUGGCGCACUUGGCUGAGGUGGCUGUACGUAGCUGGAAUGGGAUGGAAUCGAUGAAGACGUCUGUCGAGUGCCGAGGCAAGGGGCAAACAGACGACGUAAAACAGGUUAUCUCGGAUUCUAACUCCUUAGUAAGUUCUCCAAAGAAGGAAACGCAAGAAUCACUUGACAAAGAUGAUGGACCAAGACGAGUCAGCAGUCAAAAGUUCAGCGGUAGACAACUUUAUGGUAUGACUGCACUCGUCAGACUGAGCUCCAAGAAAGCCAAUGCAGUGUCUGAUACUGACAGCUAGUUAACCAACCAAUAGUACUAAAGAACUUAAUUUAUCGAAAAAAUGAAACUAAGUUUCUUCAAAAUUUUCCUAAAACACUUCCAGGGUUAGGUCACAGUCGGAAGGCUAGUUUUUUUCUUUCUCCUGCCACCUUUAACGUUAUUCUUGUCUAAAUUUUAUUAAUCGUUUGUAAAUUAUUGUAUUUUCAGUUGUAUACCGCAUCUCUUGUGUAAAUGGUGGCGAAUUUAUUCAACUAAAUGAAAUAUUCAAAUAGUAAAA